CAGAAUUGAGUGAAGAGUAGUCAUGGCACCAUCGAAAGGGAAAAUUCAGGAGCCAGGAAAGUGCCGUCAAUUCAUCGCAACAUUAAUAAUUAAUUUAGCUUCCGUCACCUUUGGGGUGACCUUGGGAUGGGUAUCCCCGGUAAUUCGCGAUCUCCAGUCAGGGAAGACUCCAGUGAGUUCAUCCCCGAUGUCGAAUGACGAAAUUUCCUGGUUGGCUGGAGUCGUUUGCUUCGGAGCCGCUGUUAUGUUGCCCUUUUGCAAUUACAUUGUGGAAGGAUUGGGCCGAAAACGCACUGCCUACCUGAUGAUGAUGCCCUUCCUCAUCUCGUGGAUCCUCACCGCCUUCGCGACGAAUUACGUGACUCUUCUGGUGGCUCGAAUUUUCGUGGGUGUCGGGGGCUCCAUGUGCCUCCUCGUCGUGCCGAUUUACGUCGCUGAAAUCGCAGGGGACAGCAUCCGAGGACAACUCGGUAGCAUCCUCAGGUUCGCCUUCAACAUUGGAUUCGUUCUGGGGUACAUCCUCGGUGCAGUUCUCUCGUAUAAAUUAUUCGCCUUGUCUGCCCUCACGAUGCCCAUUGGGGCUGCCCUCGGCCUUUUAUUUCUUCCUGAGUCACCGGUUUAUCUCGUCAGGAAGGGGAGGAUUACGGAAGCCACUAGAUCCCUGAUGUGGCUGAAGAAUAAUGACAAGAUCUCAGUAGAAUCUCAACUAGAGAUGCUGCAGGCACAAACGCAGAAUUCAUCAAAAUCCAAAUCUCCAGGAUUAAGAGAUCUGUUCCGGGACCGGGCGACAGCUCGAGGCUUCAUCAUAGCUCUGGGUCUGCUAAAUGCGCCAGCGACUUGUGGACUCUUCGUAGUCCUGACGUACACAGCAACGAUUUUCCAGUUGUCCGGGAGUUCCUUGUCCCCGAAUGCCGCGGCGAUUCUGAUAGGAGUGAUCCAAGUGUUGGGAUCUUGGCUGUCGACGUUGACGAUGGACCGGGCAGGACGUCGAACCCUCAUCCUGAUAUCCUCAGGUGGAAUGAUCAUCUGCCACUGCAUCCUAGGGACUUUCUUCCUCCUCCAGAGCCUUCACCACGAUCUCUCCUCUUCCAGCUGGAUUCCAGUAACAUCAGUCUCCAUAUUCGUGAUUGUGUACGGAUUGGGUGUGGGUCCGGUCCCAUACAUCAUCGCCACGGAGAUCUUCAACCCGGACAUCUCCUCCUUCGCCAACUGCGUCUGUCAGACGAUCAUGUGGCUCGUGGCGUUUCCCCUGAUGAAGUUCUUCCCUCAGAUCAUCGACACCCUCGGCAUUCACAGUGGCUUCUUCAUCUUCGCUGGCUUCUGCAGCUGCACCCUCGUCUUCACCCAUUUCCUGGUACCCGAAACCCGGGGAAAAAAAAUACAAACCAUCCUCGAGGCACUCGACGCACGUUGGCGAUAAUUUUUUUUUAAUUCGUUUUCAGUUUUUCCGUGAAUCGUCAUGAUCGAUUGAUGAAUAAUUAUUCCGAAAGAAAUGAUGAAAUCGGUGAUACUGUAAUCUUCCCAAAAUCGUAAUCUUCCACUAGUUCCUUCGAAUCAUUACUGUCUUAUCUGUCUUCAUGGUGACGCGAUGGCAUG